AAUGGGAACAAUCUUCCCCGAGUGGUUCCCCAGGAGGGACGCGUUUCUGCUGGCUUCAGGACUUUGACCCUCUAUAAAGCUUAGCGAUGGAACAAAAGGAAAUUCUCAAGGAGGAAGAGUGCCCAGCUAGCACGGGAGAAGCAGCUGCUCUGGACCAAACCAUGUUCUCUACGAUGGAGUCCUUCGAAAUCAAUGGUAAAGUACUACUCCCCAGUGACGACCUUGCCUGGCGAGAUCCAAAGCCCAACAAGAGAAAUGGGGUGAAGUGCUUCAUGGUCGCGGUCAUCACCUGCCUGAUUUUGCUCUCCGCGGGCACCGGGCUGCUGGUGAUGAAAGUUCUGAAUCUACAGGAGCAGCUCAGGGCCCUGGAGAUUCCCUUUGACAACGAAACACUGGUCGCUGAGGACAGCCCAUCCUUCGGCUCACUCUGGUCGCACAGCCCUUCGCCGCCUGCAGGGGCUCUGAGGCUGCAGGUGCUGCAGGCCCAGCUCAGCCAGGUCCGCGCCCAGCAGGAGCACCUGCUGCAGCAGGUGGACAACUUCACUCGGAGCCCAGAGCUCUUCAGGACCAAAGGUGAACGCGGCGCUCCAGGCCCCCCAGGACCCCGAGGCCUGCCAGGAAUCAAGGGAGAGGCGGGCCUCCAAGGACCGCAGGGUGCUCCAGGGAAGCCGGGAGCUGCUGGCACUCCAGGACAGAAGGGCAGCAAAGGCGAUGGGGGUCUCAUUGGCCCGAAAGGGGACACUGGUGCGAGGGGAGACAAAGGAGACCCUGGCCUCCCAGGAAGCAAGGGGAGCAUGGGCGUGAAAGGAGACAUGGGGGUCAUGGGGCCCCCCGGAGCCCAGGGCAGUAAAGGGGAUGCUGGGAAGCCAGGCCCUCCAGGUGUGGCUGGAAUUCCUGGAAUCAAAGGAGAUCAAGGACCAACUGGAGCAGAGGGUCCUCGAGGCCCUCCGGGUGCGGCAGGAUCUCCAGGUCCCAAGGGUCAGCCUGGCAGUGCUGGCGCCACUGGGCUAACAGGACCACCAGGGAGACCAGGGAGUCCAGGACCUGACGGCAUGAAAGGAAGCAAGGGAGACACAGGACUUCAAGGACAGAAAGGAACAAAAGGAGAAUCGGGAAUUCCAGGCCCCGCAGGCAUGAAGGGAGAAAGGGGAAGCCCAGGCCUGGCGGGCCCCAAGGGUGCAACUGGACCAGUUGGCCAAAAGGGAGACCCAGGAAUGAAAGGAUCUUCCGGGCUGCAAGGAAUAAAGGGAGAAAAAGGUCAGAAAGGUGAAUCCCUGGCAGCUGUCAGGAUCGUCGGCUCUUUGAAACGAGGCCGGGCUGAAGUUUUCUAUAACGGCGUCUGGGGGACAAUUUGCGAUGAUGGCUGGGACAAUUCGGAUGCCACCGUCUUUUGUCGCAUGCUGGGUUACUCUGUGGGGAAGGCCCUUUUCAGCAUGGUCCCUGGCUCUGGGUCCAUCUGGCUGGAUGACGUUGCCUGUCGCGGGACAGAGGCGAGCCUGUGGAACUGCAACAAGAGUAACUGGGGCUCUCACAACUGCAACCACAAUGAGGACGCCGGGGUGGAGUGCAGCUGACCUGCAGGCAGCGGCUGCUCUGCCCCACGGUGCCUGCGGGCAUAGACAUGCACCCGGGAAGGGCGGAGCUCUCUGAGGCUCCCUGAGAGCGGGGUCAUUAAUAAAAUGCAAAGUGCUACCUGGCACUUCAUUGGC